ACUGCGUGUGUUGUAAAACACUGUUUCAUUUCUGUGUGGCAGGUGUGUUCCUUCCCACCUGUGGAAUCCUGUGUAUAUCAAUAGGUGUGGUUAUUUGCAAGCAUUUCAGUUCUUACCUGAAGGAGAAAAUGGACUUUAAAAUGCUGCUUCUGUUGUUCACACUCUUUGCCCUCACUGCAGGUGCAGAGGACAAGUCAGUAGAUCCCAGAAAGCCAACCUGUGGAGACAUGGAUGAAAUAUUUGCAUGCCCACUCAACCUGGCACCAGUGUGUGGCACAGACGGAGAAACCUAUGCCAACGAGUGUGCCCUCUGCGCACAGAGACAGAUGUCCAAAGCAGACAUUUUCAUUUCCAAGGAAGGGGAGUGCUAAGCACAUCUUGGUAAUGGUGGAAACAUACCGUAAAGAUCACCCCUCAUGCAUAAAGAGCAAAAUGUAAAUCAUCAAAAACAAAUAAAAAUUAA